AUGAUAAAUCAAAAACAUGGUAUUAUGUUGGGUGAAGUUGAUAUUGGUAUUUCUCUGAGUCAGUUGAACCUUAGUCCUAGGGUGUAUGUUCCAGAUGUUGAUAUCCACAACAUUCCACGUGGUGAUAAGUCUGAACUGAACGCCGAAGGAAAUGUGAUUGAUGUCUCACUCAUGUAUAGGCCUAUGAGAAAUCAUCAAUUCAUUCAAAAGUAUUUUGGUGAGGAGACCCAGGAAACCAAUAUGGGAAAUCAUGGUGUUGAUAAAGAUGUGCCAAACAUCCUACCCGACAUGUUGGCAGAGUCUCAAAUUCGUAAGGAGAAUGAUGAUUGUUGGACUUGA